AUUAUUUUCCUCUCACCUAAAUGAAACAAAGCAAGCAUAAUCAAACUUCCGGCGGAUAGAAGCGACCCAGUGACGGUGUGCUUUACAUAAAGUUCCAUUCUUUUUCGUCUCCGGCGUCGAAUUCAAAAACCCGAAGCAGCAAUGCUAAGAGCAUCUCACCUUCCACUAAUAACGUCACCUACUCUAUCUGCUCUUAAACUAUCAUUGAUUCCUAUCCUCUCCCUUUCUUCUCAUUCUUCUUCAUCGCCUUCUCACCUCCAUAAACUCUCCACACUUGCCUCGCCCAAAAGCAGGAAACCCAAUUCGCCUUCUAUUGGUUUCAAGCGGCUCCCUACCAUGGUAGGCCAUCCAUGCCUCAAAGCUUCAUUUAGCUCUGGGAGUGGCUCUGUAGAUGCAAGAGAGAUAUUGGUACAACACUUGCUUGUUAAAGAAGACGAUCUUAAUCUGUUGUUGGAGCUUCAACAGAGAAUUUCAGCAGGAGAGGAUUUAAGUGACCUUGCUGUGGAACACUCGAUAUGUCCAUCCAAAGCAGAGGGGGGAAUGCUUGGGUGGGUCAGAAAGGGGGAUAUGGUACCCGAAUUUGAGGAAGCUGCAUUUAAUGCCCCGCUGAACAAAGUUGUAAGAUGUAAAACUAAAUUUGGGUGGCAUUUGUUGCAAGUUCUUUCUGACCGAGAAGAAUCUUUACUUCAAGACAUUCAACCAGAUGAGUUUCAUGUUAAAAUGCAAGAUCCCAAGUUUGUUGAAGAGUGUCAAUUGAUCGAUGUUCGGGAACCUGAUGAAGUGGCCAAAGCUUCUCUGCCAGGUUUUGAGGUUCUUCCCUUGCGGCAGUUUGGAAGCUGGGGACCAGAAAUAACUAACAAAUUUGAUCCACAGAAAGAUACAUAUGUUAUGUGUCACCAUGGCAUGCGAUCUUUACAAGUUGCUAAGUGGCUACAGACACAGCUUAAGAGGAUCCAUGUUGCCUUUGUGAAAAAUGUGAGCUUCACAGAAGAAAACAAAGAAGCAAGAGCUGGGUGGUUUGUGCAGGCCAGAUGGGAAUAGUAGUAAAAGCUUAUAGCUCUUCCUUUUUAGCUUAAGAGGAUCGGUAUUGGCUUUGCAAAAAAUGUGAGCUUCACAGAAGAAAACAAAGAAGCAAGAGCUGGGUGGUUUGUGCAGGCCAGAUGGAAAUAGAAGGAAAAGCUUAUAGCUCUUCCCUUUUAGCUUAAGAGGAUUAGCAUUGGCUUUGCAAAGAAAUGUGAGCUUCACAGAAGAAAACAAAGAAGCAAGAGCUGGGUUUUUGUGUAGCAGUAGUUCAAUCUUUCACCUUAUACAAAAUUUAUUUAUUUAUUUUUGGCUAUUGAGACGAAUUUAAGAGGGAUUUUCCAAAUAAAAGGGGAAAUUUUAGAAUAUAAUCAUUAUAUAUCAAAUUGUUUUAUUAUA